GUUAUUAUUACUUCCAGAGUGCUGGGCUGGAUGGCCAAGUCAAACAACAUCCAUUCGCUGAGCGGCUUUCGCUGUUGAAUGAGCUGUCUGCUGUUUUCGUGGAACGACGGCCGCCGCGUAUCUUUCAGAUACAAAAAUUAAAUCGAAUCGAAUUGCAGCUGCUGUUGCGCGCGUGUUUCCGAUGGAAAUUGUGGAAUUAUAACAAUUAUUUCUCGUGUGGAAGUGUGAAAGUGAAAUAGUCGCCCCAAGAGCGACGCAAUUAGAUGAAAAUAUAGUUUACUCACGCUCUGUAUCCCCCGUGUAUCUUUGUAUCUUUUGUGCGAGCCCGCUUCAACAAGUAAACCGAAAUUUUAAAAAUCACUCGAGUGGAAGGCGCGUCCUUGGGCUGCACCCAAUUUUAAACACCUGUUUUAGAGCCCAGAUACAGAUAUUCGUUUGCGAUUUGAUCCACCGAAAGAGGCAGCCGCAGCCAGUUAGAAAGAGACAGGGGAAGCGAGCGGGGGAAAGAGAUGAAUAAUUUCACAACCGCAACAGCAGCCGCACCACCAAAGGAAGCGCUGCCCCGAUCAGGACAUGUUAAUGAGGUGUGCAAGGAGUGGCUCGUGCGUGAGGAUGGCGCUUUGGCCUACAAACUUCAGUCCCAGGAGAUUAAUGACUUCUAUAAGGGAAAUCGCUACAGAAACGCAGUGGUACGCGAGGACUUCCCGACUGCCCUGCACGAACAGAUCAAGGAAAAGGAACACGCCCAGCGCAGGGUAGAUGCCUACAGAAGACGUCUUACUGAGCAGGAGGAGCAUGACAAGCGAGUGGCCAAAGAAAUUGCUGACAAGCUGGAGCGUGAUCUGCAGGAACAGCAGCAGAAGGAGCUGCAACAGAGCGAGCUAAUAGCCAAGCAGAUGCAGGAAAUCUAUGUUAAUUUGCCGCCCGUGCCGCCGCCAGCAACACGAGACAAGAGCCGUCCGCCGCCGCGUCCCGCCAAAGCAAGUAUACACCUGCAACAACAGCAGCAGACACAGCAGCAACAUCAGCCAGAGGCGAGCACCUCACAGCAGGCUAGAUAUCACAGUCAGCAACACCAGCAACCGCUGCAACUGCAGCAGCAACACUUCUCACAAACAGACAACUAUGUAGGAUUAUCGCUAAUACCAAAUAUUGUAGAUUUGCCAGCGGCAGCAGCAGCAACUUGCACCACUCCCUCUAGAAAUGUACAGGCACACAGUCAGCUGUUGGUGAGUGAUGUGUUAUCAUCGCAACACCAGCAGCAGCAACAGCAACAUCACUCACGUUUUCAUCAGGCACAACAGCAGCAGCAGCAACAUCAAUCAUCAUCGCCGGCACGUCGUCCACCAACAAAUCCGACCACAUCUGCAAUAACUAACAUGCCCAGCACUCCAUCCAUAACUCAGCACCCACCCACACACACCGCACACUCGGCUGGCAUCGAUGAGCUGGUGGACUACGCCGAUGUUGCUGACAGCAUACGCGACUACAAUAUCGCUGCCAUGAGCUGCGCUGCAGCAACAUCGGGCAGUGUUGUCGAUGCAGCUGCAACAUCACUCCAGAAACAGCGCUCCCCGUCACACGAAAAUCUCCUAAGAACCGAACCGAAAUUUCAGAAAUUGUCGCCCGAGAAAUACGAUCAACUGGUGGGCAAUUUCGGCUUGGGAAACGGAAAUGGAUCGGGAUCGGGUUCUGGAUCGGCCAAGGCAGCUGAGAGACACAUGCAGCAACACGCCGAUGACAUCGAACUCUAUGUGGAUCCCUGCGAUUAUGCGAGCCUGCGGGAGAUCGGACUGCCCAUGGAGGAGAUCCAGGAGAUGAGCAAGAAGCUCAAGCAGGAGCAGAAGGAUGAGUUGCUGGCUCGCCGACUGCAGGCCAUUGAGUCCAAGGACUGUGUGCGCCAGGAGCACAGGGAUCGCCUGCUGGCCAUUGAGGCUCAGGACAAGGAGCUGGCCAAGAUGCUGCAGGACAGGAUGAAUUCCAAAAAUUCGUUAUGCUAUAGAUACAACUAUUUAGGAAUCAGAAAGGAAAAGGCCAAAGCCAAGCGGGCCAAGGAGAAAGCCCGUCUGCGAAAAAGCCAGCAGAAGGAAGCCGCAGAGGCUGCCAAUGGCAACGGUAGUCUGCUCUGUGGCACCAAUUCCCAUUGUGGUCCUAUGCUGCCGCUGCCCCCGGACUGCCUCUCCAGCAAUGCCAAUCAUUCACAGGCCGACAUCGAUGUGGAGGCCUACUCCAAUCCCAUAGAUGUGCUCAACAACAGUCGUGAGCAGCGGCCACACAAUGGACCUUUGACCAACGGCAGCCUGACCAGGGAUGGGGGCUCGGGCUCCAAUCACAGCUCCAUGCAGCGGCAGCAGCGGCACAUGGCGCCCAUUAGGGGAGAAGAUGAUAUCUACACGCUGCCCGUGGACAGCUGCAGGCCAGGACCAAGGCCUGUUUCGCUUCACAUGGCCGCUGAGGCGGUGCAGCAACUGCAGAACCACAAUUCCAUGACAAGAUCCGAGCACUAUGGAUCCGAGGCCGGUUCGCACGACAGUUCCCAUCUGAGCGGCCAGGACAUAUCGCCCCACAUGAAGUACUCCAAGUCCGGCAAUUUCGGUAUAUAUAUCAAAGUGCCAGCCCCACGCCGCCUUACAUGCCAAUUCAAGGUACUCGACGAUCAAAUUCAAGUGAAGAUCGUAAAAAGAAGUCCAAGGACAAGUGCACGCAUCAGUGAACCAUAAUCACCCAUUAAAUACAACACUACACACAUAUGUUCGUGCUCUCUUGACAAUGAAAUUGUUCAGAUCAAAACCAUGACUUGUAUCGAUUUAUUCAAAGCUCUCUCACAAUGUAUCUUUAGAUCUUAGAGGUAGUUUGUAGUUUAAAUGCAUUAAAAUCAUGUAUAUUUUACCACGUG